GGGUGGCCGCGGCCAAAUCAUCAUCCUGAAUCAAUCAGUCAUCAUCAGUUUCCUGAAUGCAGCAAACAAUACAAUGCAACGGCAGCAGCGACGACGCGGUCUCCUGCACGUCAUCCAUCCAUUCCUAGCUUCGUUAUUCCUUAACGCAUUCCACAACCCUCCCUCCUUCCCUCCAUGAAUCGAUCUCCAUCCCAUCCAUGGGGGUCGGUCGUUGACUACAAGUACACGCCUCCUCCUCCUCCUCCUCUGCAGCCACCCAUUGCUUAGCUUCGAUUCAUCGUCAGAUCGAUGGAGCCAGUCCCUUCCACGCCUACUGCUAGCUACUGCGUUGAUUAAUUUUCGAUCCAUAUAUACCAACCGCACACCCAGUUUCUUUAGUUGAUCCAAAGAUCAAUCGAUCAAGCCACCCGGCUCGAUCAUACCGACCAUGGCCGCUUCUUCUUCCUCCUCGUCGGUCAGGCAGAGGCAACCCACGGCGGCCUCCACCGCCGCUCAGCAGCCGCAGCUCCUUCUCCAAGAAGAGCAGGAGCAGCAAGAACCCCCGCCGCCGCCGCCGCCGCCGCAGCGGUCGGCCUUGUCCCGGGCGCUGACCUCGACGGCGAACCUCGCCAACCUUCUCCCCACGGGCACGCUCCUGGCCUUCAACCUGCUGGCCCCGACCUUCACCAACCACGGCGCCUGCGACGCCACCACGGCGCUCCUCACGCGGGGGCUCCUCGCCGUCCUCGCCCUCUCCUGCGCCCUCGCCUCCUUCACCGACUCCCUCAGGGGCCCCGACGGCCGCGUCUACUACGGCGUCGCCACGCUCAGGGGCCUCUGGCUCGUCGACUACCCGCCCGGCGCGCCGCCGCCGGGAGACACCGCCAGGUACAGGCUCGCCCUCGUCGACUUCCUGCACGCCGCGCUCUCCGUCGCCGUCUUCGGGGUCGUCGCCGCCAGGGACAAGAACGUCGUCCGGUGCUUCUACCCGGCGCCGCCCAGGGAGACGGAGGAGGUGCUCGACAUCCUGCCGCUCGGCGUCGGCGUGCUCUGCAGCCUGCUCUUCGUCGCGUUCCCGACCAGAAGACACGGCAUCGGGUACCCCGUCACCAGCGGCAAUUAAACAAACUCAAUCUGUUGUUUAUGCGUUCAUUCGUUCAUCAUUACCACUCUCAAAUUAUUGAGCUAGCUCUGCUUCAUGAUUAUUGGGAUGGAUGGAUGGAUUGAUUGAUUCUCUGUUUGAUGCAUGAAUCUAUUAUUGUCCUGUUUUGCUUCCAA